AGAAGAAGAAGAAGAAACACCACUCACAGACUCCCUCCGCGCUUUCUAUCAAAGAUGUUCAGCCCACAAUUUUCUCUCCUCGCCAUAAUGGCCUCCUCUCUGGCUCUCUCCGCUCUCGCGCAAGAUUCCUCCUCCUCCUCCUCCUCCUCCAGCACCACAGCCAGCUCUGCAGAUGUGACUGCUACCACUACGACGACUUCUGCACCUUCAAUCAAUAAUGCCGAAACGACGAUUACAGCCCUAUUCGGCUCUGCGACGACGGGUUUCGUGGGGAGUGUCGUUUCGGCGAAUCCUUGCGAGACGACUCUUGCUGUGGUCUGUGAUAGUGAGGAUCCGAAUCCGGUGGAUGUGUGUGUGUUGGUUCCUGAUGUUACUGCAACCGUAAUCCUCGGCCCCUCCGCCUACGCCUUCAUCUACGCAACCUCCACAGCAGGAGGUCUCAUCACCAUCGCCGAAUCCUGCGACCUCGACGGUCCCUCCGGAAGUUUCACCGGAGCGACCUGUACCGCAUCCGUAUACGCCUCCAUCGCAGGAGUUUCCACUUCUUCUGCCACUGUGGCGACGAUUACGGAUGAUGCAGAGUUUUUCUCGUAUGCUCCUGUGCCGAUUACUGCGGGUGCGAGCAGUUUGCCGACGGCGGGCGCGACUUGUGAUGCUGAGGCUGCUGCGGCGGCGACGCAGACGGAGAGGGGGGAUGAGGAUGCGGAGAGGACGUCGUCGGCUGGGGCGGUGCCGACGGCGAGGGUUGGGGAGGUUUUGUAUAAGAUUUUGGUGCCGGUUGGGGCGGCGGUUGUUGCUGCUGGGGCGGGAGGGUUGGUUUGAGGAUGUUUUUUUUUUCUGUUUCUUCGGGGGGAUUUACUGGUGUUUACCUAUGAG